GAGUAUCCCAUGCUUUGUAAGCCUCCAUUUCAAGUUUCUAAAUCAGGAAUAAAUGAAUUUUAAGGGUAUUGAUUGUAGCUUAACAUGGGCCGUUAUGUUAAGCGUUAAUUCCCGGAAAAGAGUGAUGUAUAAACAUUUGCUAAAUUUCCAUCCCGAAAAUUGACACAUUGUACAGGACAAUUCUGAUAGAAAUGGCAUCUAACAAAUACGUACGUUACAAGAAAGUGAUGCAGUCAUUGUGUCCGACGGAAGUCGACAUGUACAGGGAGGCGUUUAAUUUUUUCGACAAAUCAAGGAAAGGAUACAUAGUGGCAGAUGACUUCGAAAGAGCACUGAAAAGAAUCAAUCAAGUAACUCAAACCCCAACCACUAGAGAAGAGGCGGAAAGUCUGGUCAGAGAGUAUGAUGUAAAUGGAGAUGGCAAAGUAACCUUCGAGGAACUGGUAGUUUCUAUCGUUAAACGGAAAGAGACGAAGGAUAAAGACUCGGAACUACAGAAACUGUUUCAGAGUUUCGAUUGUGACAGCGAUGGUGUACUCAACAGAGACGAACUUGUGGCUCUGCUGAACUCUUUAGGAGAUAAAGUGUCAGCAACAGAUACUGAGGAAAUUCUAGCCGAUUUUGAUGAAAAUGACUCGGGGUCAAUUCAAUACAACGAGUUUUCAAAAAUAAUGAAACAGCUUGUAUGAACAAACAUUGCAGUGGCUGCACUGUCAAUUCGUAAAAAGGCAUUAUAUGUUGAGACCUCACUGGAAGACAUCUGGAAAAGAAGGUGACUCGAACAAGUCGGACACAGUUCAUGUUCCUACAUUUUCGUAUUACAACGAAUCAUAAAUGUUUCUGAACAGGGUACAACAAGGAGUUUUUAUGUGAUAUCCUUAUUGAUGAUGCUUUUUAUUCAUGCAUGUAUAUUUGCUGAUCUAAUACGUGUACGAUUUACUGUCUAAUAUUAGUGUUUAAAGGGUUUCAAAAAAGGUUAUACUUCAAGAAAGAUCAUUAUCGAGAGUUUAUCAUUUCUUCUGUAAACGAAGAUUGAGGUAUCAUAUUGUUUACAAAGACUUGAAAAUGUAUGGUUAUCGAUCUAAGUUUAUGAUAUAUAGUGUAUCACAUAUCAAGUAUUAUUUACAUGUAGGUAAAAUGUGCCAUUUAAAAGUUUUAUUUGUGUCUGUGCAAAAUUAGGAUGCUUUGAAUUACAAAAUUAACAUUCCGCAAUAGCUUGUUCUGCGUAUGAUCAGUUUUAAAAUCGAGACAGGCUCAGUACUGACAAACAAAUCGAGACAGGCUCAGUACUGACAAACAAAUCGAGACAGGCUCAGUACUGACAAACAAAUCGAGACAGGCACAGUACUGACAAACAAAUCGAGACAGGCUCAGUACUGACAAACAAAUCGAGACAGGCUCAGUACUGACAAACAAAUCGAGACAGGCUCAGUACUGACAAACAAAUCGAGACAGGCUACUGACAAACAAAUCGAGACAGGCUCAGUACUGACAAACAAAUCGAGACAGGCUCAGUACUGACAAACAAAUCGAGACAGGCUAAGUACUGACAAACAAAUCGAGACAGGCUACUGACAAACAAAUCGAGACAGGCUAAGUACUGACAAACAAAUCGAGACAGGCACAGUACUGACAAACAAAUCGAGACAGGCUCAGUACUGACAAACAAAUCGAGACAGGCUAAGUACUGACAAACAAAUCGAGACAGGCACAGUACUGACAAACAAAUCGAGACAGGCUAAAUACUGACAAACAAAUCAAGACAGGCUAAGUACUGACAAACAAAUCGAGACAGGCACAGUACUGACAAACAAAUCGAGACAGGCUCAGUACUGACAAACAAAUCAAGACAGGCUAAGUACUGACAAACAAAUCGAGACAAGUACAGUACUGACAAACAAAUCGAGACAGGCUAAGUACUGACAAACAAAUCGAGACAGGCUAAGUACUGACAAACAAAUCGAGACAGGCUAAGUACUGACAAACAAAUCGAGACAGGCACAGUACUGACAAACAAAUCGAGACAGGCUCAGUACUGACAAACAAAUCAAGACAGGCUAAGUACUGACAAACAAAUCGAGACAGGCUCAGUACUCACAAACAAAUCGAGACAGGCACAGUACUGACAAACAAAUCUAGACAGGCUCAGUACUGACAAACAAAUCGAGACAGGCACAAUACUGACAAACAAAUCGAGACAGGCUCAGUACUGACAAACAAA